AUGGAACAAGAUACACCUCAACCAGGACCACAAACGCAGUCGAAUGGACAGCCUAUCAAAAUCAGAAAAAAGCCUGGACGCAAGCCCAAUCCUGCUUCCCCGGCACUUCGUAAAGCUCAAAACCGAGCAGCUCAACGAGCUUUUCGAGAACGCAAAGAACGGCAUAUGCGAGAACUUGAAAUAGCCAUCAAACAAAUUCGAGAACAACGAGACAAGUUACAUGUAGAAAACGAACAAUUCAAAGCCGACCAAGAGAUUCUACGCUCAGAAAAUUGGUACUUGAAAGGGAUUGUGCUCACUUUACAGCUUGUGUGUUUUCAACACAAUCUGGUGAUUCCUCAACAUGGGCCAUACAUUAACGAGCAAGCCAUUUCAGUACUCGCACAGUCAAUUCCUGAACCCAUCGCAGCCUAUAUUAGUGUAAAUGCUAGCAAUAAAUUACCCAUUCCCUCCAAACUAUUUGGAUACCGACACACGAUGAAGCAGCGUGAUCGGUAUCUUUCCACCGGCUCAAUUGUUAUUACGAAAGAUGGAAUUCAUUCUGUGUCCGACCGUACUUCAAAGACAGCAAGUCUUUCUGUAUCGCAAGAUUCCCUAGACAGACUUUAUAGCUCAGAUGUUCCCACUGAGCAUCUUGUACAUCCAUUGGAGCAGCAACAACAUGAUGAAGAAUUAGCAACUACCAUGCCUCCGCUUUCUCCAGAAACCCAUACCCCACACCCUGUCAUGUUGGCUGAAGAGCCACUUACUUCUAAUCUCGCUGCUAUUCAAACACUCCGACUUCGCCUUCGUCUUCAAUCUGCUUGUGUUCGCAUGGACUCCAUACCUUUUGCUAUCCAGCCGACAUUAUUGCAGUUGACAAUUCCUCAUGAUCCACGUAUUGACUUGAUUCCAACACCACAUAUGCGAGACCGAAUGAUCUUAUUUAGAGAUCAAUUUGAUUUAGAUGAUUGUUUCCGCUGUUUAUUAGCCCACUCUGUCUUUCAUGGUGGUGACCCUGCUAUUGCUGCCAAUUGGCAAUUGCCACCUGAAUUUUUUGAGAAAUACUGGUUUUUGACGAUCGAUUAUGAUUUGAGACGCACGACGAAUAAAUGGAGACGCCUUCAAGGUCUUGGUGAACUUGAUUUUAAGCAACAACAAAAGCAACAAGAAGAAGAACGCAAACAGGUUGACAUAAACGAACUUCACCUUGGACCAAUGUUGGAACAAUACAGCCAUCAACAAUUAAAUCCCACCGAUAUCUCUGCUCUUUUGGGUAUUAGUUUUGGAAAGACAGUUAGUCAAGAUCCUAAAAAUAACUCAUCAUAUGCUUCAUCACUAUCCUCCGACUCCUCUUAUAAUACGGCUUCAUCACCAUCACCUACUUUACGCCAUGCUACGACAGUGGCAGAAGAAGAAGAAGACAUAACACCCACAUUUGAACCUGUUCGUCUCACGAAUGGUUACAAUUUCUCAUACUCGAAACCCCAACCACACCAAAUUAAAAAAUCAUCCGGAAAUCACAAGUCAUUACGCCAUCAUCCUUAUCAGCAGCCUGAAAAAGAACAAAGAAAUAGUCCUAAAAACACUGCUUCUGGAACUUGCGAUCCUUGGGAUACUUUGCUUGUCAAUAACACUUCAACAGAUCAACAAGAUUAUGGUAAAAUAUACUUAACAUCCUCCUCAACAUAA